AUGGCCACUAAAUCGUCAUCUGAUGUGGUGAUACCCAGAAACUUCAAACUACUGGACGAGUUAGAAGAGGGCCAGAAGGGUGUGGGCGACGGUACCAUAUCGUGGGGACUGGAGAACGACUCGGACACCACUCUCACCCAAUGGACGGCAAUGAUUGUGGACCCGGCGGGUACGCCAUACGAGAAUCGCAUGUAUAGUCUUAGAGUGGAGUGCGGGCCCCACUAUCCCAACCAACCGCCAAACGUUAGGUUCAAAUCGAGACUACGAUUGACGGGCGUUAAUGAGGUGUCUGGUGUGGUGGACAGGCGUGUGUUCCCGGUGUUGGCCGGUUGGCAGAGAAACUACUCAAUCAAAAUGGUUUUGCUUGAGUUGAGACAAUCCAUGGCUCGCGCAGAGAACCUCAGAUUAGCUCAGCCUCGGGAGGGACCUCCCUAUUAA